GUACCGGGCCCCGCCCCCCCGCCACGUCCGUGCGGCGCCUGCGGCGGAGCCGGUGCGGGCGGCAGUUGGCGCCGCGGCCUCGUGCGCAGAACACCUGUUGCAGCCAUGAUGCCUGUUGCAACCAUGAUGCCUGAUGACACACCGAUGUUUGACCCAAAUAUUCUGCAUGAACUUGACUGGAGUGAGAACACGACAACGUUUUCUCCUGCUAUUUCUCCUUUAGAUCCAGGAGAUGGCCUAGUUUUGAGACCGCUUUGCACAGCUGAUUUAAAUCGAGGUUUUUUUAAGGUUCUGGGUCAGCUGACUGAAACUGGAGUUGCAAGCCCAGAGCAGUUUAUCAAAACCUUUGAGCACAUGAAGAGAUCUGGCGAUUACUACGUUACUGUCGUAGAAGACACAAAUCUUGGACAGAUUGUCGCUACAGCAACGCUGGUGAUAGAACAUAAGUUCACUCACUCCUGUGCAAAGAGAGGAAGGAUAGAAGAUGUUGUAGUAAGCGGGGAGUGCAGAGGAAAGCAGCUUGGGAAACUACUAACGUCCACCCUGACAUUGCUAAGUAAGAGACUGAACUGUUACAAAAUUACGCUUGAGUGUCUGCCAAAAAAUGUGGAUUUCUAUAAGAAGUUUGGCUAUUUGGUAUCUGAAGAAAACUACAUGUUUCAACGGUUCUUUAAUUAAGAACUUCUAGUCUUUUUUUUUUUUUUUUUUUGUAAAGACUGUUGGUGGAGGAGCUUGUGCUACAAACGUUCUCUUCAUGGAAAAUUUAUAUAGUUUAUUGCUGCAAAUAUAACGAUCCCUAUAAAUAAUGAACAUCAAAUGUGUAAAUCCUGCAAAAAAAAAAAUUACUGACAAUUUAGAAGGGUCCUUUGGGUUAGGAAAUAAGAGCUUAGAACUAAUUUUUACUACUGUUCAGUCUAAGUGAAGCUUUUUUGUUCUAGCGGAGUUACAAAGGACUCUUGUUAAAGGGAUGGUUUUUAACCAAAGGUAUAUAUUUUUAUCUCAAAUUUUUUCUUGCAUUGUAUUUUUCUAAAGGUUUGCGCUUCUUUUCUCAGUAGUUGAAGUACAGCUCGUGGGAUUGCGCUCCUACCUGUACUUGACCGAAGGAUGAUGUAGCUCGGGUAGGGAUGAUGCUUCUCGUGCAGAAUUAGUGAUACAGAAUGGGCAUUUGUUUUGUUCUUCCCGUGAAACCUCACUGUCGAUGGUAGCGUGCCGAAAGUUUUACAGGCGGUUUUCCAAAACUGAAUUUGUUACUGUUCAUGCGGGUAGGGGAGAAUCCUCGUGGGCUCUGCUAAAGCUGAUGUUCUGCAUCUAAAAACAGAUGCAUACUUCUUACUGCAGGCGUCCUGCACUUUAGCUGAUAACUUACUUGGUUUUCAGGAUAAUUAACUUGUUUUCUGACAAAAUAACCUGAUGGUUUGCGACGGGGCAAAGGUAACUGGGAAACUGGAACGUCUGACAGAGAGUGGGACUCUGGCCAGCACUCAGCAGGAAGGUGGUUCGGCUUCACCAACUCGCUGUACACAAACUCCCGUGGGCCGCGGUUUUGCUGGUAACAGCUUCUGCCUUCGGCAUAGCGAACCGACGGAGAAAUCCCAGAUCAGAAAUCCCUGAUCCUGAUUGCUGCUGCUUUGGAGCAUCCCUCUUGCUAUAAGAUUGGAUAAAUAAUUUUAGCACUUUUGCUGGUGACGGCAAGCAAAUAAUGUACAAAGUCCUGGUUUCAACAGUAGGGUUUUGUGUGAAGGGAGUGACAAAUCCUACGUCUGUGAAUAGGGCAUUAUAAAUUGGUGAAGGUUCGUACAGAACAGCCAGUCUUGUUUGUGAACAGUUAGGCCUUACAAAAUGUUCUUUUGUUGUGGUGUGGAGAGCUACUUUAAGCUGUGGUGGGGGUUCUAUUUAAUGUUCCUGAUGGUACUCCACUCAAUAUAGUGUUUCCUUGGUGAUGUCUGUUUUAUUUAUUGAUUUUUUUUUUUAAAAAAAAUCUUUGUUUAAGCUGAAUAAAUGAAGACUGCCAAAUGUAUCUGA